AUGUCUGAUGAGGAGGUUAUUCUCAUGAAUGCUAGGGAUGCUUCUGUUGCUCAGUACCAGUUUGAAUUGUGUAAACGCCUCCAGUCAAACCAAAACUUGAAUCUCAAAGAUGAUUUGCCGUUUGAAUUUAAAGCCUUGGAGCUGGUUUUGGAACUAUCUUGCUUGUUUUUAGAUGCACAGGUGAAUGAGUUAGAAAUGGAAAGGUAUCCUGUUCUUGAUGAACUAGCCUCAAACAUCAGCACACUUAAUUUAGAACACGUACGAAGAUUAAAAAAGUCGCCUCCUUGCCUUAACACAGAAAGUUCAGAAGAACAUUUAAUGGAUGAUGAUGACGACAUGGCUGAGAUGUAUUUGACUGAGAAGAAAGAAAGAUCAGAGGCUCAUGCUUCAGUGGAGUUGGAAGACAACCUCUAUGAGGACUUUGAAUCUUCUGGAAUAAGUAGGGAUGAAAGUGUAACGAAAGCAGCGGUUGCAGGAAAGGGUGAUCUUGCGGAUGUUGUAGGAGAGAAGGCGAAGCCAUUGUUCAGCAACUUCACCUUCUGUGGUGAGUUCCUCAGUGAAUGUCUCGACUCAGAAGAUGAAGAUCUCAAGGACACUGCACGCUGGGCUCAAGGGAUGAUCGCAAGGCCUUUGGUCACAUCGUAA